AAAAUAGAAAUAGUAGAAAUAGAAUCUCCAUAAUAGAUUCAGUAAACAUUUCCUUUUCCGGGUAUAGUCGGGUAUUUCAGUCGUUCACGCUGCCACCGAUCAACACCACCUUCUCAACCUACUCUCUCACAAACACAAACACAAUUUCUAUAUCUAUAAUUCCAUCAUCAUAAAAAAAAAAAAUGGAAUCCAUCUCCACCGUCUCAACCUCAAUCAUCCUACCUCCUUUCCAUCACCACCGCCGUAGACUCACCUCCGCCACCAGAUUCCUUCAUCCCGAUCAUCACCGUCAUCUUUUCCAUUCAAUUUCAACUUCAAACCCUAGGUUAAAACCUUACAGAAUCGAAUCUAAAUUAAACGCCGUUGCCGGAAAUAACGGAGAAGAAAACGAAGAAGUUGAUGAGGCGUUAAGAUUAGACGGAAGUAUACCUGGUUCUUCAAACCAGUUUGUUGAACAAGUUUCAUCACGUGCGUAUGACAUGCGUCGUCAUCUUCAACAAUCUUUUGAUUCCAGCAGUUAUGAUGUAUUGGAGGCCAAUCCAUGGAGAGAAGAUUCAAAAGCUGUCUAUGUGUUAACCCGCAGAGAAAACCAGCUGUGCACAAUGAAAACACGAAUGAAUCGCAGUGAAGUUGAGAGGGAACUUGGGAUGUUGUUUUCCAAAGGACGCAAGUCAAGAAAUCAAACAAAGAAACCAACAGCCAAUAAGUUCCAAAUGCUUGUGGAGGAUGUGCGGGAUGGAGUGCUUGUAUUUGAAGACGAGACCGAAGCAGCAAAAUACUGUGAUCUGUUGCAAGGAGGAGGUCAAGGUUGUGAAGGGGUUGCAGAGGUUGACGCCUCAUCGGUAUUUGAUAUGUGCCAGAAGAUGAAGGCACUUGCUGUUUUGUUUCGAAGGGGAAGAACACCUCCUUUACCAGAAAGCCUUAAGCUUAACUUGAGUGCUAAGAAGCGCUCCCUUGAAGACCAAGAGGAUUUUAUGUGAACAAUUUCGGUCGUGCUGCCAUAUCGUACAUAAAGUACAUAUAUAUAUUGUAUAUAAUCAACUUACAGAACAUGGAUUCAUUUAGAUACAAAAUUGAUGAUUAAUUAUACACCUUUCCCUUGUGCCUAUA